GUCUGUGGCUCCGGUAUAAAAGGCUCGCUCACAGGCUUCUCGGCACAGCUAAAACACGGCAACACAUCUCUGAACUGCAAUCUUCCUGUGGAUUUCCUCUGCACCUAAGAAUGGACUUCCAGCUCUUUGGGUUGGUGAUGCUUUUCCUGGCCUGUGUGGAGCAGAGCCUGGCCUCUUGUGUGGUGGACAGAUUCACAGUUAAACAAGACUUUGAUCCCCAAAGGUAUGCAGGUAAAUGGUACGCCCUGCAGAAGAAAGACCCUGAGGGUUUGUUCCUGCAGGACAACAUCUCUGCUGAGUACACUGUUGCGGACGACGGUGCCAUGGUGGCCUCCUCCAGAGGCAGAGUCACUCUCUUUGGGUUCUGGGUUGUCUGUGCAGACAUGGCUGCUCAGUACUCAGUACCUGACCCCAACACACCAGGCAAGAUGUUCAUGAACUACCAAGGGUUGGCCAGCUACCUGUCCAGCGGCGGUGACAACUACUGGAUCAUCGACACAGACUACGACAACUACGCCAUCACAUAUGCCUGCCGCACCCUUAAGGAGGACGGAAGCUGCGAGGACGGCUACGCGCUGGUCUUCUCCCGCAACCCUCGCGGCCUUCCCCCAGCCAUCCAGAGAGUCGUCCGGCAGAAGCAGGAGGAAAUCUGCAUGGCCGGACAGUUCCAGCCCGUGCUGCAGUCGGGGGCGUGUUAAACAGCUUCCAGGCUGACGGUGGAUGACCGAUUGCACUUUGUCAAUCUGGACCGACUAAAAUGCCCAGGAUGAAGACGCAACUCUUCACAGGGGAAUCGUGCAAUACUACACUCUCAUCUUAGUUGUCUGAUGAAUCCCGCACUCCAUGAAACGCUACAACACACUUCCAAGAUAGUUCAAAGCAAAAUCCAAUAAAUAGCACGAUUU